AUGGCGAAAAAGGGCGCCGCUGGUGGUGGCGAAAACUCCAAGAAAGCACAAGGACAAGCACGCAAGGCUGACGCUGCCGCAUCGAAGCAGGCUGCAAAGAACCAACAAGCAGAGAAGGCAGAGGCAGAGGAGUGGAGCAAGGGCGCAAAGUCGAAUGCGAAGGCCGAGGCAGCAGCAGAAAAGGCCGCUGAAGCAGCCCGUAAGAAGGCUGAAAAGGAAGCGCUGCUUCGCGAAGAAGAAGCUUCUCUACCCUCAAAGCCCAAGGGCAAGAACCCCAAAGCCGAGAAGAAGCCCCGCGGCAUUGACUCGGCGCUUGGCUCUUUCGACGCGAAGCCUGGCGCUCUCAAUGCCACCGGUAUCGAUAACGCCCUCGACGCUCUGGACAUCACAGGCAACAGUCAAGACAAGGUGGAUCGCCACCCUGAGAGGCGCUUCAAGGCUGCAUACGCUGCGUUUGAGGAGCGAAGACUGGAGGAGAUGAAGGACGAGAAGGGUCUGCGACGACAGCAGAAGAUUGACCAGAUCCGCAAGGAGUUCGAGAAGCACCCCGACAACCCAUUCAACCAAGUCACUGGGUCCUACAAUAUGACCAAGGAGGAGAUGGCCGCGGUACGGGAAUCGGAGAAGGACAAGAAGGAGAAGAGGCUUGUGGGGGUGUAA